ACAACCUUACCAGAAAUAUCCCCAUUGAACUCACAAGCUUCCAUUCACUGGCCUUCUACCUCGAUUUCUCACACAAUUCAUUCACAGGAAGAUUGCCUUCACUAGGAGUAUGCAACAUGUUCAAGCCAUAGAUAUCUCUGCCAAUAAACUCUCAGGACCCAUCCCUACCGAUAUUGGCAGUUGCGUGGGACUGCAAUACCUGAACCUUACGAAAAACAAAUUAAAUGGAAGAGUGCCAACAUCAAUAGGACAACUCAAAAGCCUUGAGGUCAUUGAUUUGUCCUUCAAUAAACUAUGAGGCCCAGUGCCACACUCUAUUGCAAACCUCACUAUGCUCAGCCUUCUGAAUUUCUCCUACAACAACUUGAGUGGAUCAGUUCCCGAUCAAGGAGCUUUCAGAAUGCUAAGCGCAACAUCAUUUUUGGGAAAUCCUGGAUUAUGUGCAGCAUCGGGCUGGUUGAAUUUACCAAAUUGCACAAGCUCUGCUCGGAUCCAUUCAAAUGGAUUUAACAGGAAGGUUAUCAUGGUUAUUUCAAUUAGCACAGUAUUGGCAUUGUAUUGCAUUUUGGGCGCAAGCUACAUCUUCUUUAGAAAGACCAAAAGAGCACCAUUCAAAAAUAGUUUGCCGGGAAGAGGUUUCAUGCGAAUUUCUAGCGAGCAUCUUCACAGAGCAAUAGAAGGAUUUAGUGCCGCUAAUUUGCUAGGGACAGGUAGCUUCGGGUCGGUUUACCGAGGACUUCUAUCUGAUAACACAUUGGUGGCUGUUAAGGUAUUCGAUCGGGACCCUCCAAAUUCUUACAAGAAUUUCUACGAAGAAUGCAGAAUAAUGAGCAAAAUCAGACACCAGAAUCUUGUCAAGGUCUUGUCCUGUUGCUCAACAUCAGGAUUCAGGGCUCUGGUACUUCAAUUCAUGUCAAAGGGAAGCCUCGAUCAACAGCUACAUCAGGAUUGCAGAUUGAGUUUAAAGAUGAGAUUGAACAUCGCACUGGAUGUGGCACACGCAAUGGCAUAUUUACACAAUGAUUUUUCUCCUCCCAUUGUUCACUGUGACUUGAAACCCUCAAAUGUUUUAAUGGAUGAGAACAUGACAGCGCAUGUGGUUGAUUUUGGGGUUGCCCAUCUAAUGACUUCCACGGUUUCUGCAAGAAGCAGCACGUCUAAGUUGAAGGGAACAGUAGGCUACCCUGCUCCAGACAAUACCCACGCUGCCCAGGGCGUUCUAAACACAGUUAACAUGCAUUGGAGGGGAGACCAGCAUGUGCCAGAACAAGAAUAA